AUGAAUGAAAAGGAAAAGGAGAGGCAGAAGGCCGACGAGAAAAAGUUAAUCGACUUCGACGCGCAAAAGGCAUUGACAAAAUUUGACAUGAGCAACUACAAUGAAGAUUUUGUGGUUACAAAUAAUAUUCUCAAGUACCACAUGAAGAGCAUAGAAAUUUAUAACUAUGAGAAAAAUAAAAUUUAUGAUAAGGAUGAGCUGAAUUUAUAUAAAGAUAAACUCAUCCAUAAGGACAACAUCCACUAUUAUCCGUAUGAGUUGUAUUUUAACACGUACAGGAAUAUCUACAAGGAGGACAAGGUGCUCCUCAGCUUGCCCAAUCGGGUGAAGAAAAAAAAGGAGAAAGAAACGGAGGAGAAGGAAACGGAGGAGAAAGAAACGGAAGAGAAAGAAACGGAGGAAAAGGAAGCAGAGGAGAAGGAAACAGAGGAGAAAGACAAAGAAGACAACGCAUCGAACACAUUCGAGGAAGAGCAGGGACUAGAAGACGACUACAACUUUGAUUAUAACAAAAGUGAAGAUGAGCUAGAGAAUGAAGAAAAUGAUGAGAAUGUCAUAUAA